AUGCGAGAAAAAAAUCCACGACUUAUCCGGGGCAGCAAGGAUGAUGGUGACUCUAUUGCUCCUUCAGAGUUUACUUCGACGCACGGAGCCCUCCCCUUCCCCUUCGCUCUCAGGCCCAAAGUCUCCUUCGCCGCCGCGCCCCGCUUCGGCUCGCUCUUCUGUUCCUCCGCUCCCGCCGCGAAUCGGCCUCAAGUUCCGAUCUUGGACGCGCCCACCUCGCGGAGUCCCGAUUCGAGGAAGCAGGGCGUUGGCGGGAGUGGGAAUGGGAAUGGAAAUGGGAGAAUUAGGGUUAAGAGUAAGUCCGCCGCCGAUGCUCAGCUGAAGCAGAGGUGGUUGGACUCGCUCACUUGCCCUGUCGCCGCCAGUUCCGGGCAGGUGGGUUGUGAUGGAGGUGGCUUGGGCUCGGAUUGGGUUAUCGGCAUCGACCCGGAUCUCUCGGGUGCGUUGGCGCUCUUGAAACCUGACGAGUCCGGGUUUUCAGCUCAGGUGUUUGAUUCUCCUGCUGUUCCAGUACUGGUUGGUAAAAGAACUCGAAGGCGAUUGGAUCCCAAGUCUAUUGUUCAGUUGCUUCAGAGCUUGGAUGCUCCCAUUGGGACAAAGGCAUACUUAGAACAGUCAAUUCCAUUUCCUAACGAUGGUAAACAGGGAUGGUGGAGUGGAGGUUUUGGAUAUGGCUUGUGGAUUGGAAUCUUAGUUUCGUCCGGAUUUUCUGUGGUUCCAGUUGCAUCUUCACUGUGGAAAAAUGUAUUUGAGCUCUCUGGGAGUGGCUUGACAAAGGAUGACAGUCGGAGGGUUGCAUCAAGUUUGUUUCCUUCUUUAACUGAUCAACUUAAAAGGAAGAAAGACCAUGGUAGAGCCGAGGCUCUUCUUAUUGCUGCCUAUGGGAAAGGCUUGAAGUUGAAGUCAGAUUCAUUAUGCAUUGUUGAGGAACUGGUCUCUUAGCUUUUCUCUUGGUCGCUCUACUUGUUUUCACCAAUUCACUUUUCUGGGGGAAACCUCAAAGAAUACUCUUACGAGCGAGCAGAUGAGUCCGGUUAAGCUAUUCCACGGGUCAGGAUCUUCCUCCAAACAUGAUUUAAGAAGCUCCAAAUUUCCACACCCGAGAUUGAACUUCAUCGGGAGGCGAAAGACUAGACAAAGGUCAAUUCCAGAAAGCCAGUUGAACACAUCGCUUCUCUAGUUGUUCUUAGAUCUUGGAGUAUUUAGAUCACCAUAGCAAUUGUUCCAGGACGUGUUCGCAUUUAUACCAAGCCAACGAUGUAAAUAUGUCAUUUGAGGAGGUAGAGAAGCUGCUUGAGGCUUUCAGUUCGUGGCUCAUGCACAAGUAGGAGAGCUGAUGUUCGGGAUCAGAGGUGAGCGGUCCUAGGUUUUGUCCAAGUGGAACUUGAAAUCUACCCAUUAGAAUAGGUUCUCUAAUUUUUGAACUUGAAAAUUACUGUGUAGGAACCUAUAAUGUACUCGUCAUAGGUUUUUAAGGUCUGUUUCAGGAUUUAUCAAGGUUUCACUUAUACUAUUUAUUAAAUGAUUAUAAUGAAUUAUCAUUUUGAAUGAUCA